AUGGAUCAGCAAAAUAAGUUAUAUCAAUCUCAAAGAGCCCUUCCUGAGACAUCAUCAACAUCUCUAGAUUCCACUGCCCAGACUGGACAUGCAACUGGGGGUGAUUGGCAAGAGGAGGUCUUUCAAAAAAUCAAACUCAUGAAGGAGAUGUACUUAACCGAACUCAGUGAAAUAUAUCAGAAAAUUGCUACUAAACUUCAGCGGGAUUUAGUUGUUUUGUUCCAACGCAUCAAUCAAUUCAAUAUUUCUUCACUUGAGUCUUUGUGCCUGAAAACCCCCUUCUUCCCCAAAUUUCCGACUUCGGCAAUUUUUCUUUCAUCUCCCAAAUUCUUCUGCUUCGAGCUGCCUGGACUUUCAAUCUCCAUAAAGAAACGUUUGUUGGGUUCCUUGGAUUUGAUGGAUACCAAUAAUUGGAGGCCUCCUCAAGUUGGAGAGGCCCCCAUGGAUGCAGGCGAUUGGAGGAGUCAACUGCAGCCGGAUUCAAGACAAAGAAUUGUAAACAAGAUAAUGGAUACAUUGAAGAGGCAUCUCCCUUUCUCUGGUCAUGAGGGAUUACAGGAGCUCAAGAAAAUUGCUGUAAGGUUUGAGGAAAAGAUUUAUACUGCUGCCACAAGCCAGUCAGAUUACCUACGGAAGAUUAGUCUGAAGAUGCUAACAAUGGAGACCAAGUCUCAGAACACAAUGGCCAAUUCUUUACAAUCCAACUCUGCUGGUAAUAGCAACAGGCCCCACGAUCCAGGGUCUUUUGGUAUGCAAACCCAAGUCCCCAAUCAAGGGCAAUCGCUCUCUAUGCCGUUGCCAGCUAAUCAACCUGUGGCACGUCAACAACUCUUAUCACAGAACAUUCAGAAUAACAUUCCAGCUGCUGGAGUUCAAAGUUCUGCUGGCUUAUCAUCUGCUCUACCUCCUUCAUCCGGUUUAACCCAGACUCCUAUUCCAAGUAUUGUUGGGCAAAAUCAAAACAUGCAGAAUAUGGGCCAGGGGGUACCCUCCAAUAUGUUUGCUACUUCUCAAAGGCAAUUGCCAGGAAGGCAACAGGUAGUUCCACAACAGCAGCAGCAGCAGCAGCAGCAAUCCCAGAAUUCCCAGCAGUAUAUGUACCAACAGUUGCAACAUCCGCUUUUGAAGCCCAAAUAUCAGCAGGGAAAUAUCCCACAACUUGUCCAACAGCAGCAACAGCAGCCGAACCUAUUACAACCAACUCAGUUGCAGUCUUCUCAGCAACCUGUUAUGCAAACAUCAUCUGUUAUUCAACCUUCUAUGGUGCAAUCAUCUCUCUCUAGUCUUCAGCAGAAUCAACAAUCUGCAAUUCAACAGUCAACACCAUCUAUGCUUCAGCAGCAUCCACAGUCAGUUCUCAGACAGCCUCAACAACAACAGGCCUCUGUUGUUCACCAACAGCAAACAUCAAUGCCACAACAGCCAAUAUUACCCCCACAGCAGCAGCAACAGCAGCAGCUUAUGGUGCAACAGUCAAAUGCUACGAGCUUGUCGCAGAAUCAGCUAAUCGGACAACAAAACAAUGUUGGGGAUAUGCAGCAGCAACAGCAACAACAGAGGUUACUGAGCCAGCAGAAUAACAUUUUAAACCUUCAACAACAGCAGCAGCAGCAACAACAGCAACAGCAGCAACAACAGCAGCAGCAGUUAAUGGCUCAGCAAAGCAACCUUUCGAAUAUGCAUCAGCCACAGUUGGGCCCUCAGAGUAAUGUUACUGGGUUACAGCAACAGCAGCACCUUGGAACUCAAAGUGGUAACUCAAGCAUGCAAACUAAUCAGCACUCUGUACACUUGUUGCAACAAUCCAAGGGUCAAGGGCAGCAACAACAACAUCAGAGUUCAUCUAACUUGUUACCCACUCAAGGACAGCAGUCACAACCUCAGGCAUCACAGCAACAAUUGUUGUCACAAAUUCAGUCACAGCCUACACAGAUGCAGCAAUUGGGUUUGCAACAGCAGUCAAAUCCACUGCAACGAGAUAUGCAGCAAAGACUUCAAGCCUCAGGCCAGGUUCCUGGAACCAUGCUGCAACCACAAAACGUAAUGGAUCAGCAAAAGCAGUUAUAUCAAUCUCAAAGACCCCUUCCUGAGACAUCAUCGACAUCUCUAGAUUCCACUGCCCAGACUGGACAUGCAACUGGGGGUGAUUGGCAAGAGGAGGUCUUUCAAAAAAUCAAAGUCAUGAAGGAGAUGUACUUACCCGAACUAAGUGAAAUGUAUCAGAAAAUUGCUACUAAACUUCAGCAGCAUGAUUCUCUUCCACAACAACCAAAAUCAGAGCAGCUUGACAAACUGAAAAUGUUCAGGACCAUGUUAGAGCGCCUCAUAUCAGUCUUACAGAUUUCCAAAAAUAACAUUUCACCUGGUUUGAAGGAGAAGUUGCUUUUAUACGAAAAGCAGAUAGUAAAUUUUAUUAAUACAAAUAGACCUAGGAAGCCAGUUUCUUCUCUGCAGCAAGGGCAGCUCCCCCCACCCCAUAUGCACUCCAUGCAGCAGUCACAAUCUCAAAUUACUCAAGUGCAAUCUCAUGAAAAUCAAAUGAACCCACAGUUGCAAUCAAUGAACUUGCAAGGUUCUGUGGCACCAAUGCAGCCGAGCAAUAUGACAAGCUUGCAGCAAAGUUCUAUGUCGGCUUUAUCUGGGGUUUCAACAGCACAGCAGAACAUGAUGAAUUCAUUGCCACCUAGUUCCAGCAUGGAUUCAGGACAAGGGAAUGCACUGAACUCAUUGCAGCAGGUUCCUGUGGGAAGUAACCAACAAACUCCUGUCAGUGCUCCCCAACAAGCAAAUAUGAAUGCCUUGUCAUCACAGAGUGGGGUUAAUAUGCUACAGGCAAACAUGAAUUCCAUUCAGUCAAAUUCUGAUGCAGCAGCAAUUGAUGCAGAAGCAGCAGUUACUGCAACAUCAACAGCAGCAGCAGCAGCAGCAGCAGCAGCAGCAGCAGCAGCAGUUACAACUGCAAGCAAAGCAGCAGCUUUGCAGGCGCACCAACAGCAAAUUCCACAGCUUCAUCAAAUGAAUGACGUAAAUGACUUGAAGAUGAGACAGGGGAUGGGUGUAAAGCCAGGGGUUUUUCAGCAACAUCUCUCUGCAGGCCAGCGUGCUUAUCCUCAUCCGCCGUUGAAAUCAGGAUCUCCAUUUCCUACAAACCAACUCCUUCAGGCUGCAUCUCCACAAAUUUCGCAGCAUUCUUCUCCCCAAGUUGACCAGCAAAAUUUACUGACUCACCCAAAAGCUGGAACCCCAUUGCAAACUGCUAGUUCACCUUUUGUCAUCCCGUCUCCAUCAACUCCCAUGGCCCCGUCCCCUAUGCCAGGGGAUUCUGAGAAACCUUCCUCACUCUCAAAUGCUGGGAAUGUCGGACAUCAACAAACAACUGGUGUCGGAGCGCAGGUCCAGUCCCUUGCCAUUGGCACCCCUGGGAUAUCAGCCUCUCCUUUGCUUGCUGAAUUUAGCGUACCAGAUACUCAUGUUAAUGCUUUGUCAACUAUUUCUGGCAAGUCAAGUGUUACAGAGCAGCCUCUUGAACGCUUAAUUAAAGCGGUGAAAUCGAUGUCACCAAAUGCAUUAAGUGCCUCUGUCAGUGACAUUGGCUCUGUAGUCAGUAUGAUUGAUAGGAUAGCAGGGUCAGCACCAGGUAAUGGAUCCAGAGCUGCAGUUGGUGAGGAUUUAGUUGCCAUGACAAAGUGUCGUCUGCAAGCAAGAAAUGUUAUGACUCAUGAUGGAACAAAUGGGACUAGGAAAAUGAGGCGCUACACUAGUGCCGUGCCCUUAAAUGUGGUGUCAUCAGCUGGCAGCAUGAAUGAUAGUUUUAAGCAGUUGACCAGUUCAGAGACAUCUGAUCUGGAGUCAACUGCAACAUCUCGUAUCAAGAGGCCAAGGAUUGAGGCUAAUCAUGCUCUUUUGGAAGAAAUAAGAGAAAUAAAUCGGCGGCUUAUCGACACAGUUGUUAAUAUCAGUGAUGAAGAUGUUGAUCCUAGUGCAGCCGCUGCUGAAGGGGGUGAGGGAACCAUUGUCAAGUGCUCGUUUGAUGCUGUGGCUCUCAGUCCAAACUUGAAAUCGCAGUACGCGUCAGCACAAAUGUCACCAAUUCAGCCAUUAAGACUGCUUGUUCCCAUGAAUUAUCCCAACUGCUCUCCAAUACUCUUGGACAAGUUUCCAGUCGAAGUCAGUAAGGAGUAUGAAGAUCUUUCUGUAAAGGCAAAGUCAAAGUUUAGCAUCUCUCUACGAAGCAUUUCACAACCCAUGUCCCUUGGUGAGAUAGCAAGGACUUGGGAUGUUUGUGCACGUGCAGUUAUUUCCGAGCAUGCGCAGCAGAGUGGUGGAGGCAGUUUUAGCUCGAAGUAUGGGACAUGGGAGAACUGCUUGAGUGCUGCUUGA